ACCAAUGCCUCGCCGCUGAAAAAAAAUGCCUCGCCGCCAAAAUCCAAAUCUUCAGAUGGUUCGAUAGUUCCCUGCGGCGUUAACACAAAGCUUUGAAAUCCGUAAACCGUAAUUCUCUCUCUCUCAUCUUCUCCAGCUUGAUUCCUAUGGAGGAUGAUGCCGAGACAAUAAAGCUCGUAUGCCAAGUGUGCUGCCGUCGCCGCCGCUUCUGCCAGAAUGAAGGUUUCUAUUACUGCGAGGAAUGCGGUACCCAGGCCGAAGGAAUUAAUGCCACCGGCGUCGCAGAUGAGGAUAUCGAUAAAACUGGCGGUGGCGGCCUCUACAACGUUCGCUCCGCCCGGCAUACCAAAGCCACCCCUAGUCAGCCAACCAACGUCGAACCCGACCACUCUUCUCAAUUGUGGUACCGGUUCACGCAGGAGCUGGAAGGUAGCAAGGAGAUUACGCCCAAGAAAGAGCUGAAUCGCGAUUCUGAUUCCGACUGCGACGCGAAUGGCCCAACCGAGCCGGCGGAUUUUGGGGCAGAGGCCACGGGGAAGCUCGAUUACGCGGAUUACUACAACGAGGUGAGGAUUAGGUACAUGAUGGGGAUGCAGUGGAUGAUUCAGUUACAGUGCGAGGCUUUGGUUGAGAAGUUCAAUGUCAGCCCUUUGAUUUGUGGGGUGGCCUCUGCUGUUUGGUUGAGGUUUGUCGCCUUUUCUGGAGUGUGCAAAGAUGCUUGGGCUAAUGACACUUUGACGGAAUCGGAGACUCAAAACUGGGGAGAACCUGAUGACGGUAAAGAUCGUGGCAGGCACAGCAAUGAACCACGUAAUGCAUAUGGCCAGCGAGCUAUAAUGGUUUGGUUCAGGAGUUUGAGGAAAGCAAUACCCCUAGAUUACUCUUUGGCUAUAUGUUUUUUGGCUUGCCAUGUUGCUAGGGAAGCAGUCCUGCCAACAGAUAUAGUGAAGUGGUCAGUUGAAGGGAGGAUUCCCUAUUUUGCUGCCUAUGUUGAAAUUGAGAAGCGUUUCGAACAGCCCUCGCUCGCCUGUCCGAUAAGUUUGGCCCUCAUGUUUAGGCCUUCUCAGCCAGUUCCUUUUCAGAAGUUGGAAGCAAUGGCAGCUAGUAUAGCUGAGUUGAUCGGUUUGAAUUUGCCACCUGUGAACUUCUAUGCAGUAGCGUCUUGCUAUCUCAAUAAACUGUCUGUUCCCGGCGACAAGAUUCUUCCACAUGCUUGCCGCAUCUAUGAAUGGUCAAUGCCCCCAGAUCUAUGGUUGUCAACAAAUGAGUUGAGACUUCCCACUCGUGUCUGUGUGAUGUCGAUAUUGAUUGUAGCAAUUCGACUGCUCUACAAUAUAAAUGGUUUUGGUGCGUGGGAAAAGAGCUUAUCUAAAUGUGUCCCUUCUGGAGUGAGGGGAGAUGCUGACAAGGAUACUGGCUACCCAUUGGAUGAGAUGGCUGAUUCAAGUGAAAAUUUUGUCAUAAAUGAACGUGUUGUUCAGGAAUUGGAUUUUGAUUCCGGGGAACUCCUGCGCAACCUUGAAGCAGAGUAUAGUGAGAUGGGAGAACCAUGUGAAUUUGUGAAAGACUUAACAUCAUAUCUCCGGUACUGCAAUGAUGUGGUAUUUGCAGGAGCUGGUUCAUCUUCGCAGAAGGACCAGUGGGAGGAAGAAGAAUUGAUAGAGAAGCUGUGGAAUUUUUAUCAGAAUGCAAAGGAUUGCGAGCCUGGAGAUGAAGAGGCUAAGAUGCAUAACAGCCAUACUUGUAACCAAAAAAGAUCAAGGAAUAAUGACGACGGUUAUUUCCCAACACAGCCAGUACCAAGGCAAGUCAGAGGGAUGUCCCACGAGAGCCCUUCUCCUCACAGUUCCAACAGUCAUGGUAACGAUUCCCCACUCCAGAAUUCUUAUAACACCGACCCUUCCGAAGAAACUGCUAUCAGGAAACUGAAGUCGGACAUGGAGGAGAAUCGGUUCUGCUACAUCCCACCAAGGGUUAACGCCAAGAGGCUUGGUUAUCUCCAGUACGCGAGGAAACAGGACGAGGGUAUCUUGCGAUAUGUUGCGCAUGCAGAUUACUACAUCCUGCUGCGCUCUUGUGCGAAAGUUGCUGAGGUCGAUAUCAGGAUCAUGCACAUUGGGGUGUUGAGUUUGGAGAGACGAUUGGCUUGGUUGGAGAAAAGGACUCAUCAUUGCAUGCAUUUGACCCCUCCUAGCAUUACUUGUGACUUCUGUAGGGAUGUUGCAGCUUGUGGGCACGAUGUAGGAGGACUUACACUCUGAAACUCAUUUGGGCAAGUUCAUAAGGUUUUCGAUCUCUUUUUUCGAUUCUCGAAUUGAGGCGAGUUUUGAUUGAUUUCUCGAGUUGAGCCUCUAAUGAAGUUGUGAAUGUGAUUGAGUUCUUCUGGCCCUCUGUUGGUUCUCAAGUUGUUGAUGGUUGGCAAUUAGGUUUAUCGAAGAAAGAAGAAGAAGAAUCAAUUUUGCAGAGCCGGGAAGACUGCGAGCCCCGUCGCUAUUGCUGCUGCUAUCAAUAUAUUUGUCUCGUCCUUCUCCUGAGAAUGUGGAGAGGAAAUCUGGUCCGGAGGGAGAAUUAGAUGGAGCUUAGAAUUAGUAGAUCUCAUCUUCUGAGUUGUUCAUCGUUAGCGCGUUGCUCAUUUUAGCAGCAUCAAGCUUCUUGGCCUGUCUAUGCUGGAUUUAUAUGGCCUUUGGUUUGGAGUUUUAAGCAGCGGACUGCGGACUUCAUCUUCUUUGAACAAAGUACACCAGCAGCCAUUGAUAAACAGAGAGUUUCUUUGUUCCUCCUUCUGGGAAUGAGAAGCUGAUACAGAAUCGAGUAGGAUGGGGAGGAUAUAUGCUAUUGCUGCCGUUUAAUUGAAGAUACGGUAAUUAUUAUAUAAAAAUAUCAUAUGUCAAAUACAUGAUAUUUCGCUUAUAGGAUGUUAUAAGUGGUAGAGUAUUUUGUACUAAAAUAGUGGUUUUGAUCGUGGUUCAAUCAUUUUCUAUCAUUAAAAUUGUAUUAUGAUUUGUUCGAUAUUUAACAUAUUUUAUUUGAUCGGUCAAUAUAAUUGAGUAUCUAAAACGUAUAGAAAUAC